UAUACUUACUGAACAUAAGAUAUUUUAGCAUUAUGAAGACUCAAUUUUCCUAUGAAUCGAAAAUAUCAAUAUAAAAUUUAUCACUAGCUUUCUAAUCUUUGAAUUUUGUGAUAAAUGAUUUAACAUAUCCUGUUAAAUGUCUGUGUAGUGGUAUCUUCGAAAUAAUGUGUCAGAACAUGUAAAUAAUAUCAGAAUUAACAACAAUGUCUGAGAAAAUUCCAUCUAAUCAACCACAGCCAAUUGUUAAGAUUGGCCAUUACACACUUGGUCAAACAUUAGGUGUUGGGACAUUUGGUAAAGUAAAAAUUGGAGAACAUGUUUUAACAAAACAUAAGGUUGCUGUGAAAAUUUUGAAUCGUCAGAAAAUCAAAAGUUUAGAUGUGGUUGGAAAGAUUAGAAGAGAGAUACAAAAUCUGAAACUUUUCAGACAUCCUCACAUUAUUAAAUUAUAUCAGGUUAUAAGCUCACCCACCGAUAUAUUUAUGAUAAUGGAAUAUGUAUCAGGUGGAGAGUUGUUUGACUAUAUUGUGAAACAUGGCAAACUAAAGGAAUAUGAGGCACGAAGAUUUUUCCAACAGAUUAUUUCUGGUGUUGAUUAUUGUCACAGGCAUAUGAUAGUUCAUCGUGACUUAAAGCCAGAGAAUCUAUUGUUAGAUCACAAUCUACAUGUAAAAAUAGCAGAUUUCGGUUUGUCAAAUAUGAUGAUGGAUGGAGAAUUUUUACGUACUUCUUGUGGCUCCCCUAAUUAUGCAGCACCAGAAGUAAUUUCUGGUAAAUUAUAUGCUGGUCCUGAAGUCGAUAUAUGGUCUUGUGGAAUAAUACUUUAUGCUUUACUUUGUGGUACUUUACCAUUUGAUGAUGAACAUGUACCAACACUUUUCCGUAAAAUUAAAUCUGGAGUUUUUCCCAUUCCAGAGUACCUGAAUAAAAGUGUUGUAAGUCUUUUAUGUCACAUGUUACAAGUGGAUCCUAUGAAAAGAGCAACCAUUGAAGAUAUCAAGAAACACGAAUGGUUCCAGAAGGAUUUACCUUCAUAUUUAUUCCCGUCGCCUGUUGAACAAGACGCUUCUGUAAUUGAUAUAGACGCAGUAAACGAAGUUUGCGAAAAAUUCAAUGUCAAAGAAGCAGAAGUCCAUUCUGCAUUAUUAGCUGGAGAUCCUCACGAUCAACUGGCAAUUGCCUAUCACUUAAUAAUAGAUAAUAAAAGAAUCGCAGAUGAGGCUGCUAAAGCAGAAUUAAAAGAUUUCUACGUAGCAUCUAGUCCACCCCCUGUUGCUUUUAGCCCCAAUGAUACCAGUAGCAGUCCUUUGAGACCACAUCCAGAGAGAAUAGCACCGUUUCGAGAAAGACAAAGUUCUCAAGGAAGUACAUCGUCCUCGAUACAAGGUGCUCGUGGUACGCCAGUAAAACGAGCUAAAUGGCAUUUAGGAAUCCGUUCACAAUCUAAACCGAACGACAUUAUGAAUGAAGUCUAUCGAGCUAUGAAAGCUCUCAAUUUCGAAUGGAAAAUCAUAAAUGCUUACAGCGUUAGAGUACGCCAAAAGAGUGAAUUAACAGAUAGAUAUAGUAAGAUGUCGUUACAACUUUAUCAAGUUGAUUACAAAAGUUAUUUAUUGGAUUUUAAAUCUUUAUCAAAUGAAGAAGAAGAUAUUGGACGAGAUCCUACACUUCCACCACCUCAAGCAACAGGUCAUCAUACAAUGGAAUUCUUCGAAAUGUGUGCAGCAUUAAUCACGCAGUUAGCUCGAUAAAUUUGCUGUACAAUAUGAGUCAUCAUUUUUCAGAAUUAUGUUAAUAAUGCGUUUUACUUCUUGUACUUUACACAACGUGUACCAGUGCAGUUCAUAGGAUAAAGGGAACAUUUAGGAAAGAAUAUUUUAGGAAAAUAAUAUCAGUUUCAUAAAAAAAUUGAAUGCAAGGAGGGGAAGAGUGUAAUAAAUCUGUAGAAAAUCAA